AUGCAUGUUCUUGUAGCCAUUACUUUCACGGUUUCGUGGGUACUUUUUUGUGCGGCACUUUUUAAGCAUGUUGAGGAUUGGACAUAUAGUAAAUCCUUAUAUUUUGUUUGUAUUUCGCUUUUAACUGUUGGACUUGGAGACGUAAAAGUAUCUAGAAGAGGCUAUAUGCUUAUAUUUUUUGUGUUUGUAAUGAUCGGACUUUCAUUGGUAUCAAUGUGCAUAAAUGUGAUACAGAACUCCAUCGAGGAUUUUUAUAAACGACUAUUAACCCAAACACUCGAGAAUUAUAAGCAUGGUGAUGCUUCGAAAAUUGAACACAAUUUUCUUGCAAAAGUACUACUUCCACUAUUGGGAAAGCGUAGAAAGGAGUCCAUGAUGCGUCAAAUGCGCGAAGAGGCUGUCAAGAGUGGAAUAGAUUUGCCAAAUACUUUUGAGGGGAUUUUUGAUGGAUCUAAGGAAGAUACAAGUUCUAUAAGCAAUGUUUCUGACUUUGAAGUUGAGAUCCAACUCCCAUCUCCAAGUUUAUCUUUAAAGACUGAAGAGAAUGAAGAAUCUAUCCAUGAAAAACCUGCAUUAUUAGAGGUAUUAUCUAUAACUCUUCAAAAUUUUAUUAUAAAAUAUCUUCAGAUUCCACAAGAAGGCUGGUUCCGUCAAAGACGUCCAAGCUUUCAAUUAGACGAUGAUCAAAUGAGAAUGAUUCCAUAUGUCGAUUCAGAUGUGUUUUCAAUGAAUAAUAACAUUAUUGACAAUAAUUACAUUUAUACAAGAGAGAGGAAUGAGAGAGACCAUCAAAUUGAUAAUAAUAACAAUGAGAAGGAGGAUGAGGAUGAUUUGAUACCGCAUUUGAAAGUAGUACAAGGUGCUAUUGUUCUGACUGACAAAGGCGAACAACAAAUGGUUCAUAGCAUAGUAUGCUCAAACAGUCACUUACCUUAA